AUGGAGUAUUCGACUGACGAUAUCGCAGCAGCGAGGAGCUUGCAGUUCACUAAGUACAUGCACACGUCAAUGGCUACAAUCUGGAUCUAUGGCUAUGCGUGUUCACUUGAUGAAGAGUGGGCAUUUUUGCUUCGAUCGCAUUGGACCAAGAUGAAAGGCUUGUAUAUUGUUGCACGAUUUCUCCCCUUAAUCUUUUGCGCCACGAGUCUAUAUAUGGACCUUACCCCAUCGAAUGACAGUGUAGAUGCAUGCCGAAUGUUGGUCAAUGUUGAAUCAGGUCUUGGCCUAAUAUUAGGCGAUUUAUCCGAAUGUUUGUUCAUCCUCAGAACAUAUGUGCUCUGGAACAAGAAUAGAACCUUGCUUGCAGCCAUACUGUGCUCCUUUUUCGUGUGUUCCCAAUCCACUCGCCAUACUCAAGCUAGUAUUAGACGCAUCGACCAGACUCUUAGUGCAACAACCAUCAGCAUUACCCUCGCCGCUGUCGUCCCAAAAGGCAUGCACUCGCUCCUACCUUCUCUAUGGCGUUCCACGAACACUAAAAUAUUCUGUUCACUUUCACAGGUGCGACUAGCCCGAUCCCAGGAAUCACAGGGUGCUACCAGAGCUCGACCAGUUACCAGUUCUUCAUACCAUUUCUUCUCCUUUUUGCAUUUCAACUGGGACUCUUGA